AUGGAUUUCACUGCGAAGCUUCGCCCGAGCUCAGAACUUGACGGCGCCUUGAUCUUGACACGUGAGCGCAACGGCUCAAGAAUUGAUGUCAAAAAUCUUUCCUUGCAUCUAUUUGGGCAACAAUACCUUGAUCGACAGGCUAGAGUUCUUGAUGUCGUCAUCAAAGAAAAGCUCUUCUCGAAGACAACACAGUACAAUCUCUCCAGACCUGACAGAUAUCGACUUGGCCUAGCCCGCGGUAAACGCAUGCGCCAGUUGAUGGAUGAGCAUCAAUGGGAUGAAGAAGACUUACUUAUGGCCGAGUACUUGGUUGAUGAAAUUCAGCCGUACCAUCUUCACAUGUCUCUUUUUUCUGCUGCUAUGCGCGAACAAUGUAAUGAAGAGCAACGCGCGUACUGGAUUCCUAAGAUCGAGAAAUGGGAGAUCAUUGGUGCUUAUGCACAGACAGAGCUUGGACAUGGAAGUAAUGUUCGUGGAAUUGAGUGCACAGCAACUUGGGAUCAUGCUGCCAAGGAAUUCGUAUUACAUAGUCCGACAAUCACAGCAAGCAAGUGGUGGAAUGGCACUCUGGGUCUGACGGCUACCCAUGCAGUUGUUGUUGCGCAACUCAUCAUUCCAAGAAAGGAUGGCAGUGUGCAGCAUUGUGGCCCACGGCCAUUUAUCGUGCAGAUACGCAAUAUGAAGACACACCUACCACCAAAAAGCAUUGUCGUGGGCGACAUUGGGCCGAAGUAUGGAUAUGCGGCUAUGGACAAUGCGUACUGUUUAUUUGACCAACAUCGUAUUCCGCACAGCGCGUUACUUAGUAGAUAUGCACAAUUGGAUAUUGAGACGGGUGCUUAUUCUAGACCAAAAAAUGCUAGCUCGGUAUAUGGUCAGCUAACACGGGGUCGAUCAGUUAUAGUAUUGAACUCGAGACUGAUGCUAGCACGGGCGGUGACCGUUGCAGUAAGAUAUUUAGCCAUUCGUCGUCAAUUUCACGACCAAGAUUCGAAGGAUUCCGCGUCCCCAGAGACCCAAGUUCUUGACUACUCUACUGUUCAAAUACGUGUCUUGCCGCUGCUCGCUACAGUCUUUGCUCUACACUACACUGGGAAAGCGAUGUGGGACUUAUACCAACGUACACGAGGUGCACAUUCCCUUGAUUCAGACAACGCGCAGUUACGAGAGCUCCAUAGCACUUCCGCUGGACUAAAAAGCCUGGCUACCGAACUAUCUGCUAAUGGAAUCGAAAUUUGCCGUCGAGCCAUGGGCGGCCAUGGCUUUGGUGGUGCGACUGGCCUCAUUUCGUUAAACAACGACUGGCUAUCCAAACCAACGGUAGAAGGCGACAACUGGAUGAUCACCCAGCAAGUCGCACGUCAUCUAAUCUCAUUGGUUGGGAACAUUUCGAACCACAAUACUCAAUCUGAAAGCAGCUGGACUGAGAACUGUGUAAGAGCUUUUGCCGCUCAGACUCAACCGUUGUCUGUAUGCGACAUAUUUGGAACUUCCAAAGCAAUAGUGGAUGCAUUUGAAAGACGAAUGUGCUUCCUUUCCUGGCAAGCAUAUGAUGCACGUGUGGUACAGAAGCGACCUCACAACGAUUUGCUUAUUGAUUUCCACAACUUGAGCCGAGCCUAUUCACAAGCUAUGCUGAUUCGAAAUUUUCAUCUCGCGACGGAAGCUAUGGAUUUAGAUCCAGAGACGUCAUCAGUCAUUCAGGACAUGUUUUUGCUCUUCGCAUAUCACACCAUUGACAGCGAAGCCAGAACUUUCCAAUCCUCUGGUUCCGUUUCGUCCUCCGACAUAGAGAAGCUGAGUUCUAAGAUUCUGAUGCUUAUGCGGAAAAUACGCCCGCACGCUGUGCGACUUGUAGACUCAUUCGCAAUACCCGAUUAUCUGCUUGAUAGCGCUCUGGGGCGUAGUGAUGGUAAAGUAUAUGAGGAUUUGUUUUAUCGUGCACAUCAUCUGAAUCCACUGAACAAACUGGUUGUCAACCCCAACUACUGGGACAAUGAGAUUGAACUUGGUUCAGGAGAUAGUGGCGCUGUACUAGCAAAGCUGUGA